CGCCGAGCAAAGGCGGCUGCGUCCACUUCCACCGCUCGACUUUGCUCAGCCGCCAGGCCGGCCGCUCUCCGCCACACGCCUCCGCCCAUCCGCCACACACACUGCCAUACGCUCGAGGAUGGAGCGUACCGCUUACAACUACGGCGACGACACGCCCGCCGCCUGGGACGUGCUCGCCCGGGGAGCGCUGGGUCGGCCCAUCAGCACGCGGAUCUCUCCGGUCCUCUUUCUCGAGGAGCUUAACGAGGCGCUGCUCUUCGCGCCACCGGUCAAGGCGCGGCUGGGACAGCGGCCCAAGCCCGCGGGGCCGGGCAAGACCAAGGCGCUAGCCGCCUCUUCGGUCGAGCGGCCAGAGGAGACCGAGCGGCGGCGGGCGGCGCAGAACGACUGCCGACGGCUCAUCCUGCCUCGAACCGCGGACGAGGCGUCGGACGUGUUUCUGCGGCGCCUCGAUGCGCACCAGAACGCGCCCGAGGCGCUCGUCGCCCCGCUCUCCAAGCCGGAGGACACCAAGUCGUUCCUCCGCCGGAUGGUCGCCGUGAAGAAGAACGAGGCGGCCGGCCUGCUCGUGAUGCCGCGUGCAAAGGCGGAGACGGCGGAGCAGUUCGAGGCGAGGAUGGCGCUGUGCGAGGCCUGCCCUGCCACCGUCUUUGCGCGCGGCGCGCACGAAGACCCAACAGACUUCAAGGCGCGGCUCGACGCGCAAUCAAAGUGCCGCAGGCCGAUCAUGUGUCGCAGCGACGGAGAGCCGGCGAGUCUCUUCCGGCGGCGGUGCGCGGUGUCGCGCGCCUGCCUGGACGUGGUCCACCCGUACGACGCGGCGCGCGAGUCCGCCGACGACUUCACCCGCCGGAUGGACGCGCAGGAGGCGGCGCCGGAGCUGAGCAUCGCGCCGGGCGACAAGAAGGUGGUUGGCUCGCUCGUCCGCGAGUCCGCGGAGGAGGGCGCGGCGGCGCUGGCGGAGGAGAUCGCGGCCAAGCUGAGGCUCGAGGAGGAGGCAAAGGCGGCGGCGGCCUCCAAGGAGGAGGCGGCCAAGGCGGAGGCGGCGGCGAUCUCAAAGCAGCGGCAGCGGCAGGACAGCAUGGACGACGAGGCGGAGGCGGCCAAGGAGGCGGAGGAGCGCGCGGCCAAGAAGGCUGCAGCGGCAGCGGCGGAGGCGGAGAAGGCGGCGGAGGAGGCGGAGGCGGCGGAGAAGGCAAAGGCGCUGUGGAAGAAGGCGGUGGAGAAGGUCGACAUCAAUUCGAUCGGGUUCAUGGCGCUCAAGCAGAUGCUCAUCUCCAAGGGCGUGCCGCCCGACGCCGUCAAGGUGCCAAACAAGUUCAUGCUCAAGGAGGUUGCGGCGAAGCACGGCGUCAACAUCGAGUGGAGCUGAGCAAGCUCGGGCAAAGAGGGAUCCAAAAAUGCAUCCCUCCCAGGCGUAUCUACCCCCAGCUUCCCCGUCUGUGUGCGGGGGAGGAGCUAGGGGAGGAGCAGCGUUUUCUCUUGAGUGCGCACAUGCAGAGAGGCCGUGAGAUGUACACAAAACUAUUGAUUUC